GAGCCGCUGAGGCGCGGAGGGGUGGUCAGAGCGGACCCGACGGGCUGAGGCAGUAGUGCGUGCCCGGGCCACGGCCAUGGGGAGCUUGAAGGACGAGCUGCUUAAGGCCAUCUGGCACGCUUUCACCGCGCUCGACCUCGACCACAGCGGGAAGGUCUCCAAGUCUCAGCUCAAGGUCCUUUCCCACAACCUGUGCACCGUGCUGAAGGUUCCACAUGACCCUGUUGCCCUUGAAGAGCAUUUUAGGGAUGAUGAUGAAGGGCCUGUGUCCAAUCAGGGAUACAUGCCAUAUUUAAACAAGUUCAUUUUGGAAAAGGUCCAAGACAACUUUGACAAGAUUGAAUUCAACAGGAUGUGUUGGACUCUCUGUGUUAAGAAAAACCUCACAAAGAGUCCCUUGCUCAUUACAGAAGAAGAUGCGUUUAAAGUGUGGGUUAUCUUCAACUUUUUGUCUGAGGACAAGUAUCCAUUAAUUAUUGUUCCAGAAGAGAUUGAAUACCUGCUUAAGAAACUCACAGAAGCUAUGGGAGGAGGUUGGCAGCAAGAACAAUUUGAGCAUUAUAAAGUCAACUUUGAUGACAAUAAAGAUGGCCUUUCUGUGUGGGAGCUUAUUGAGCUUAUUGGAAAUGGACAGUUCAGCAAAGGCAUGGAUCGUCAGACAGUAUCUAUGGCCAUUAAUGAAGUCUUCAGUGAGCUUAUAUUAGAUGUGUUGAAACAGGGUUACAUGAUGAAAAAAGGCCAUCGACGGAAAAACUGGACAGAACGUUGGUUUGUACUAAAACCCAACAUAAUUUCCUACUAUGUGAGUGAGGAUCUAAAGGAUAAGAAAGGAGAUGUUUUGCUGGAUGAGAACUGCUGCGUAGAGUCUCUGCCUGACAAAGAUGGAAGGAAAUGCCUUUUUCUAAUAAAAUGUCUUGAUAAGACCUUUGAAAUUAGUGCUUCAGAUAAGAAGAAGAAACAAGAGUGGAUUCAGGCCAUCCAGUCUACCAUCCAUCUGUUGAAGCUGGGCAGCUCUCCACCACACAAAGAGGCCCGCCAGCGCCGGAAAGAACUGCGCAAGAAGCUGCUGGCUGAGCAGGAGGAGUUGGAGCGGCAGAUGAAGGAACUCCAGGCUGCCAACGAAAACAAGCAGCAGGAACUAGAGACCGUGAGGAAGAAACUGGAGGAGGCAGCAUCUCGUGCCGCUGAAGAGGAGCAAAAACGCCUGCAGACUCAAGUGGAACUGCAGGCCAGGUUCAGCACUGAGCUAGAGCGUGAGAAACUGAUCAGACAGCAGAUGGAAGAGCAGGUUGCCCAGAAGUCCUCGGAGCUGGAGCAGUAUUUGCAGCGAGUACGGGAGCUAGAGGACAUGUACCUAAAACUUCAGGAGGCUCUGGAGGAUGAGAGGCAGGCCCGGCAGGAUGAAGAGAUGGUGCGGAAGCUUCAGGCCAGGUUGCUGGAGGAAGAGUCCUCCAAGAGGGCAGAGCUGGAGAAGUGGCACUUGGAGCAGCAGCAGGCCAUACAGAUGACGGAGGCGGAGAAGCAGGAGCUGGAGCACCAGCGUGUGGAGAAGGAGCGGGCCCUGCAGGAGGCCAUGGCGCAGCUGGCGCAGCUUGAGCAGGAGCGGAAGCAAACGCUGGAGCAGUAUGAGGGAGUUAAAAAGAAGCUAGAGAUGGCGACGAGUCUGACCAAGAGCUGGAAGGACAAAGUGGCUCAUCACGAGGGACUAAUACGAUUGAUAGAACCAGGUUCCAAGAACCCUCAUCUGAUCACAAACUGGGGACCAGCAGCCUUCACCCAGGCAGAGCUGGAGGAGAGAGAGAAGAACUGGAAAGAAAAGAAGACCACCGAGUGACUGCGCCCCCGGUCAUAGGGACACCCAGUGUGGCCGAGAGCUGUACACUGCAGACAAACGACGCUGGCUUUGCUGCUUCUAAUUCCCCUUGCCUCUUAUGGGCUCAGUGUCCUAAGGAAGCCUCAUUUACCUUCCUGCAAAUAAGGGCUUACCUGAAAAGAAAAAAUGGCACCACCAAGCUCUUGAUUCACACUGUCUUUGAACCUUUCAGCUUCUAGUUAGCUCAAACUCUUGUAUGCACUCUAGAGGGAGGCAGAGCGCAGGCCCCAGGGCUCGUUCCCCAGCCGAUCUGAGCCUCUGUAGGCUGGGAGUCGGUGCUUCCCUUUGCCAGUAUGUUUCCUCCACUGAGUGUGGUUUUGACCUGUCUGCCUGGCAGUCAGUGCCAGGUGGCAUGGAAGGCCUUUAACCACUGGGCUCUAGUGGAGGAGCAUGGCAUUACUGCCAUUUCCUGGGUGCCCUUCUGGAGAUGAGGCGCUCAGUGGGGUGUCCUAGCCUCUAUGAGCUUUCCCUUCCGCACUGCCGUUCCCACUUCCUUUGCCCUCACCUCGGGCGAAAAUGUCCCCUUGCCCACGUGUACUCUCACUUUAUUCUCUCAGUGGUUCUCUCUCUCUCUCUGUCUGUCUCCCACCUGCAUGCCAUGCUGUGAGAGGAUUGUGUUGAACGGUGGAGAGACGCUAACUAGAAAACUGAAUAACUUAUAAAGCAGACUAUGCACAUGGGUAGGGGCAGUUGACUGCACAUGUGCUAGUUAGAUUUAAGAUGCCAUCCUAGUAGCUCAGCUGUGGUGUUAGAUUUUUCUAGGAGAGCGGCCUUUAACUUUCCCUUCCUCUGUAGGUGACAUAGAGGAACUUCCCAGUAAAAAUAAGGGUAGCAAAAGAAAAUUGGAGUCAUAGUUCUUAUGCAUCUAAUUUGAAAGGGACAAAGAGGAAGGUUUUCAUAUAUAACCUGUUUGGGGAUUGAGAAUAGUAUUUAUGAAGUCAACCUUCUGAUGUUAAUUCCCACUUAUAAGCAGCAAUAGCUCCAUGGACAGCAGUGAUAAUUUAAAUGGUGAAAACCAAUGAGUUGACUCAGUUGUAAUGGAUAAGACUGGAUUCAGCUGGUUGAAUUCUGUCUGUACAAGCAUUUAGAUGAGGACAGAGAAUUCAUGGAUUCCUGUUGUGCCAGCCUCAAAACAGGAGCCAUUCCAAAGAGAUGGACAUACCUAGAGAGAAUGGUUGAGGUUCAGCGUGUGUUUUAUUUACACAAUAGGGAACUAGAACUUAAGUCCGUGACUUCAUUCUUUAUGACUGGAAAUAGUUGCCAAUGACACCAUCUUCAGGAAAUUGUCUUAAAUUUUUGAGCUGUUUUAUAGAAGGGCAACUUUAUUUCAUCUUUUGUAGUUGCCUUGUAAAAGUAUAUGUUUUUGUCUAAACUUUGUAACAUGUGCCUUCCAAGUUUAGAGGCCAAUAUGGCUCUUGGUUUCUGCCCAGCCACUUAUCAGUAUUAUCAUUAGUUCAGUGACUAACAGGCGUAUUAGACCAGUGAAGAACCAUGGAACCUUUGUAUGGCUUGACUGUGUCUCAUACCAGGGAACUCCACUGCCCCUCAUAAAUCACAAAGAAGCCAGUGACCUGUGGGAAAUCUGGGGAGUCCAGCAGCCCUUGGAUGGGGGGAGGUUUCUGCUUUGGGGUGUGGGGAAAUUGGCUGUGCCUCCCUCAGCCUGGCUUUCCUGCAACUACAGCUAGAAAUGACCUGGGGUGUAGCUGCUCCAGCCCAGGGCUCCGGUGGACCUCUUUAUCAUGUGUGGCUAUGCACAGGUGUGCAAGGUGUGCCUAGCACACACUGCCGAUCUCACCCUGGCUUCCCACACUGCACCGUCAGGAGGCAGAGCUCCUCAACAGCCGGUGCAGAAGACUGUGCGGGUCCUGUGUAGAAUGGUAUCUUGAGACUAACUGAACUCCUAAUACUGAAAGUGGUUUGAACUGUCAGCGUGCCUGCAGCCCACUUCUACUUCUGUAAUUACUGUAAUUCUGGAAUGUUUGAAUGUUUAUUAUAAUCAGGCCUUCCCAUAAUAAUGAAAGGAUAGGAUUGUUUUCAUGAAUUGUACACAAAAAGAGUUUUCAAAGUGUGUUUUUGUGAUUUGUUGUAUUAAGAGGGAAAAAUAUUUAUAAUUUUCAGUCAGUCGUAUCUAAAAAUUGUACCAUGUAAUGUGUUCGACUUUAUUUUUUUCUAAUUUUUUAAGGUAUAUUAUGAUUUUUUUUGUAUUUUUUUUUAAAAUAAAGUGGACCCAGUAAGAAAACUAAAAUUGCCAGAACUUCACACGUUUUGUCUGGUUUAAUAAAACAGUGGGGUAACGUUU